AUGCUUUCCCUCCACACAGACCUCUUCUUCACUCCUGUUUGGGUGGCCGUUCCCGCAGCAGCGCCCCCAGUGUGCCAGCCCAAGGGUGCCACUAACGGGCACUACCCGGCCCCACGCCUGUCCAUCUCCUCCCGAGCCACAGUGGUAGCCAGGAUGGAAGGCGCCCCCCAGGGGGGCCUGCAGACCGUCAUGAAGUGGAAAACCGUGGUUGCCAUCUUCGUGGUGGUGGUGGUCUACCUUGUCACGGGUGGUCUCGUCUUCCGGGCUCUGGAGCAGCCCUUUGAGAGCAGCCAGAAGAAUACCAUUGCCUUGGAAAAAGCAGAGUUCCUGAGGGACCACGUCUGCGUGAGCCCACAGGAGCUGGAGACAUUGAUCCAGCAUGCCCUUGAUGCUGACAACGCAGGGGUGAGUCCCAUAGGAAACUCCUCCAACAACAGCAGUCACUGGGACCUCGGAAGUGCCUUUUUCUUUGCUGGAACUGUCAUCACCACCAUAGGGUAUGGGAAUAUUGCUCCGAGCACUGAAGGAGGCAAAAUCUUUUGUAUUUUAUAUGCCAUCUUUGGAAUUCCACUCUUUGGUUUCUUAUUGGCUGGAAUUGGAGACCAACUUGGAACCAUCUUUGGGAAAAGCAUUGCAAGAGUGGAGAAGGUCUUUCGAAAAAAGCAAGUGAGUCAGACCAAGAUCCGGGUCAUCUCUACCAUUCUGUUCAUCCUGGCCGGCUGCAUCGUGUUUGUGACCAUCCCUGCAGUCAUCUUCAAAUACAUCGAGGGGUGGACGGCCCUGGAGUCCAUUUACUUUGUGGUGGUCACUCUCACCACGGUGGGCUUUGGUGACUAUGUGGCAGGGGGAAAUGCUGGCAUCAACUACCGGGAGUGGUAUAAGCCCCUCGUGUGGUUUUGGAUCCUUGUUGGCCUUGCCUACUUCGCAGCGGUCCUCAGCAUGAUCGGAGACUGGCUACGGGUUCUGUCCAAAAAGACCAAAGAAGAGGUGGGGGAGAUCAAGGCCCACGCGGCCGAGUGGAAGGCCAACGUGACGGCCGAGUUCCGGGAGACGCGGCGGCGGCUGAGCGUGGAGAUCCAUGACAAGCUGCAGCGCGCCGCCACACUGCGCAGCAUGGAGCGCCGGCGCCUGGGCCUGGACCAGCGCGCGCACUCGCUGGACAUGCUGUCCCCGGAGAAGCGCUCCGUGUUCGCCGCGCUGGACGCCGGCCGCGCCAAGGCCUCCUCCCAGGAGAGCAUCAACAACCGGCCCAACAACCUGCGCCUGCGGGGCCCCGAGCCGCUGCACAAGCACGCGCAGGGCGCCUCCGAGGACAACAUCGUCAACAAGCUCGGCUCCAGCGCCAGGCUCACCAAGAGGAAAAACAAGGAGGCCAGGAAGGCCCUGCCCGAGGACGUGCAGAAGAUCUACAAGACCUUCCGCAACUACUCGCUGGACGAGGAGAAGAGGGAGGAGACGGAGAAGAUAUGCAACUCGGACCACUCCAGCACGGCCAUGCUGACCCGCUGCGCGCAGCCGCCCGCCGGGGUGGAGAACGGCAUGGUCCCCGCCGCCGCAGCCGACACCAAAGACAGGGACCACGAGAACAACGCGCUGCUCGAGGACAGGAGCUAG